AGGAAGGCUGGGACCCGGGGCAAGGCCGCGGCCACCAAGCAGACCCAACGUGGCUCUUCCAAUGUCUUCUCAAUGUUCGAACAAGCCCAGAUUCAGGAAUUCAAAGAAGCCUUCAGCUGCAUUGACCAGAAUCGCGAUGGCAUCAUCUGCAAGUCAGACCUGAAGGAGACCUACUCCCAGCUCGGGCGGGUAAGUGUCCCAGAGGAGGAACUGGAAGCCAUGCUGCAGGAAGGGAAGGGCCCCAUCAACUUCACCGUCUUCCUCACGCUCUUCGGGGAGAAACUCAACGGGACAGACCCUGAGGAAGCCAUCCUGAGUGCUUUCCGAAUGUUUGACCCCAGCGGCCAGGGGGUGGUGAACAAGGAUGAGUUCAAGCAGCUUCUCCUGACCCAGGCAGACAAGUUCUCUCCUGCUGAGGUGGAGCAGCUGUUUGCCCUGACACCCAUGGACCUAGCAGGCAACAUCGACUACAAGUCCCUCUGCUAUAUCAUCACCCAUGGGGAUGAGAAAGAGGAGUAG